UUCUCCGUGGGGCUGGGGCUGGCCUUGGCCUCCAGCGCCUUUAUCGGCGGCAGCUUCAUCCUGAAGAAGAAGGGGCUGCUCCGGCUGUGCCGCCGCGGCCGCGCCAGGGCAGGGCAAGGCGGUCACGCAUACCUGCAAGAAUGGCUUUGGUGGGCAGGGCUGCUGUGCAGCUGAAUUGCUCCUACUUUGAUGCUCACCUGACAGUUUCUCCUGCAGUGGGAGUUGGAGAAGCAGCAAAUUUUGCUGCUUAUGCCUUUGCCCCUGCAACGCUGGUAACUCCACUGGGUGCUCUAAGUGUCCUUGUUAGUGCAGUUCUGUCUUCCAUUUUCCUGAAUGAGCAGCUGAAUGUUCAUGGGAAGAUUGGCUGCAUCCUGAGUAUCCUGGGUUCCACAGUGAUGGUGAUCCACGCUCCGCAGGAAGAAGAGGUUUCCAGCCUGGAGUCAAUGGCAGAGAAGCUGAAAGAUCCAGGAUUCAUUGUAUUUGCUGUGUGUGUCCUGGUGAGCUCCCUUCUGCUUAUCUUUGUGGCUGGACCCCGUUACGGACAGAGCAAUGUCCUGGUUUAUGUUUUGGUCUGCUCCGCCAUCGGCUCGCUUUCCGUGUCCUGCGUCAAAGGCUUGGGGAUUGCCCUGAAAGAACUGUUUUCUGGGAAGCCAGUCCUGAAAGAACCACUGGGCUGGGUGCUCCUGGUGUGCCUGGUGAUCUGCAUCAGCAUCCAGAUCAACUAUCUGAACAAAGCCUUGGACAUCUUCAACACAUCUGUGGUCACACCUGUUUACUACGUGCUGUUCACCACGGCAGUCAUGAUGUGCUCUGCCAUCCUCUUCAAGGAGUGGCAACACAUGGUGCUAGACAACAUCAUUGGCACCAUCAGCGGCUUCCUCACCAUCGUGUCCGGCAUCUUCCUCUUGCACACCUUCAGGGACAUGCCCUUCACCCCCAACCUCCUGCCCCUCUUCCUGCAGCAAGGCAGGGCGGACCUGCACGCCUCAUGGAGGAGUGCAGACAGACAUCAGUCAUGUCAGCAUCAGCCUCUUCUGCCCUCAGAGGACAAAGGCUCUCAGAGUGCAGAGGAGGAAGAGGAGGAGGAAGAGGAGGAGGAAGGUGAAAGCGUGUGAGGAAGCCUCUAAACUGGUAGCUUUCUGCUCCCACUGCUGAGCAGUUCUGCUGCAAGGUUGAACAUGCUGCCUCAGCUGCUGCUAGCUACUGCUGCACUAGCAGGAGUUGGCAGUUACCAUCUACCUGCCCCAGGUGCGAUGGGUGACCCGCCACUGCAAAGAGGCUGACAGGGACAGCAGCCUCCUGUGGCUACAGACAGGAGCCCUGGGAACCACCCAGUUCCUGGAAUCCGGUGCCUCUUCACUGUUCUUUUACAUGAAGAAUUGAACUGCCCUUGUCAGGACGCAGGCUUCGGCUGCACAGAGGCCCACAGCACUAACAUAGUGCUAACCCUUACUGAAUGCAAAGACCACGCAUUUGGGGAGGCCUCACAGCAUUUUUUUUAAAAUAUACUUAGAAGAUUAACAGUUACAAAAUAAUCUAACAUUGUGCUAAGGUUACAUGGAGAGAAGAUGGAUGUCUGGCUUUGAAGAUGACAUACCCAGAAUAUUAAUUCAAAAAUUCCUCUGUCAAGUACUUGUUUUGCUCACUCUGCUAGAAUUUAUUUACAGAUUCACAUCUAAGAACAGAAUACAGCCAAAACUUGAAAACUUCAGUGGUGCUGCCACAUGCUGCUGUGGCUCUUAUGGAGAGAGCAAUCUCUUCACGCAACGUCUGCUGUGCAGGUUGAUGAAGCACCUGCUUACUGUAUUCUAUUAAAAACCCAUUUGUUUGGUUA